GUGGCUGAGAGAGACGCGUCUUGGCUACCGAAGUGGAAGGACGUGCUAUCAUGUGCUCCCUUGUAGGGGCGGUUUCAGCGGCCCGUGUGGGCCGUGGUAUCAGGUGUACUGAAAAGCCGGCUGAAGACUACCAGGUUGUUCUGCCUCAUCUGCCCACAGGUGCUUCUGUUUUAAACACCGUUUUUUUGCAUGCCGAUGUGAAAGCCAGGCCAUAUCGAGUGGAGCAUGUCCGAGAUAGCCUUGCACGUCUUUCGUUGCUGCCGGAAGUGGUUGCCCUCGGGGCAUACCAAAUGAAUCACCUGUGGGCAGUGACGUUUAAGGAUGAGGAAGGCAAGAGGAAGAUAUUAGAAGCUGAAGCGUUCAACGUUAAAGACCACCGCUGCAUGGUCAUCGACCCGCGUGACCGAGGUGUCCGACUGAAGCUAUACUGGCUGCUUCAUGGCGUACCGGACGAAGACGUGCGAGUGGCUUUGGCGCCGUUUGGAAAAGUGACGGAAAUUAGCAGAGACAAGUGGAAGGUCAAGGGCUGCAUUGACAAAGGAUCAACCACCCGCUCGGUGACGCUGAAAUUAAAUGUGGGCCUCACUGUGGACGACCUACCACACCAACUGCGUGUUGCUGAGGAUAUGGCGCUCGUCUUCGUUCCUUGCAGAGCGCCGCUCUGCCUCCGAUGCCGUGGCAUCGGACACAUCCGGCGAGAGUGCCGCGUUCCACGAUGUGGGGUCUGUCGUCGCUUCGGCCACGAUGAUUCCCAAUGUGUGCGCUCUUAUGCCAGCGUUACAGGCCCACUCCAAAGGGACGUAGUAUCCGAACACAUGAUGGACGCCGCAGAUGCCGAAGAAGCUAGCAGGGAGGACAACGACGUGGCGAAGACUCCUGCAAAGCCCCUUGAACCCUCCCCAGGAGCUGUCCAGGAAGCGAACCUGGGGGGUGAGCCCUUGGCUGCAGCCCCGGAAACGAAGCCAGAGACUACAACAUGCGACGCAGGCGUGAAGGCAGCAAGCGCGUCAUCGUCACUGCCGCAAGAAGUCGGCCAGGAAGCAACGGACGUCGAGAUGCUUAUGACCGGAAGCAUCGCUGCAAAGCGUGCUCACGAAGACAAUGGCAAUACAGGAAUAACUACUGCGUCAGGCACCGGCGAACCUCCAACGAAGGCAUCGACUACGCGGCGGUCUAUGCUUAAACCGAAGUCGAACGUGCCGCCUGGCAGUAGGGUGGCCCCUAAAACGCCUCCGCCCUAGCGGAGGACCCGUUCCAGUAGCCUUCAACGAUGACCACAAGAACCCCACAGCUUCGAUGUGAGUAGGACGCUUGGCCAAGCAACCCCAUGAGAUGGCGUCUAACUUUAAAUCUAGCCUACGCGUUGCGACAUUGAAUGUGCGAGGAAUGUGUUCGCGCAGGCGGCAGUGCCAGAUUAGUCGCAUGCUUUUAGAGAAUGACGUUGACCUUCUGGCUGUACAAGAAACAAAAAUUGAGAGUGAGGAGCAAACAGAACAGAUGGUUCAAGUUUUUCGAUCUAGAUACAGUGUAUGUGUGUGCCAUGCUGUUGGACGGUCAGGAGGCUGCGUCAUUUUUAUUCGCAAUAGCAUAUCGGUUGUAGAAAAAGUGUCCACCUGCGAAAGUGGGAGACUUGUCGCAUGUGAUUUUAUUUUUGCUGGUCUACUGUGGCGCGCUGUGUGCAUCUAUGCACCGAACAAAAUUCAU